GAACCCUUGAACUAGAACUUCUAUGUUUUGCAGCCAGCUAUAGAAACAAGUGAAAUGGACUAUUCAUACCUCCCUGACACACCCUCGCAGCCAUUCUCGCUGUACGACAUCCACGGCUUACCCACCCCCGACCCAAAUCAAACCCCUCAUGGAGCCGAUGACCUUAUUGCCGCCGCUUUGAAUUACCGCAACAACGAGAACCCAAAUGAAACCAACAAUAAUGCCCCCUUCGACCUAGGAUUUGGGCUAGAUCCCAAUACACCUUUUGCCCAGCAUCAUCAUCAGAAUCCACUACCGCCACAUUCACCACCGGAGUCGCUGAAGCAGUCGUCAGAAGGUAAUCUGCAGAGCCAGAGUAGUACUGGUGUUGCGGAGAGUUUGGGUCGGAGUAGUAGUGAGGAGAAGGAUGGGGGAGUUGUGGAUCCGAAUAAAAGGAAGGCGCAGAAUCGGGCUGCUCAACGAGCUUUCCGCGAGCGAAAAGAACGACACGUCCGUGAUUUAGAGCAAAAGGUCAAUGACCUCGAGGGAACAUCAAGCAUCCUGCACACCGACAACGAACGCCUAAAGCAAGAACUAGCACGCUUUACAACAGAAAACGAGAUCCUCCGCGCAACAUCCCAAAGUCACCCUCAAUCCAACCCCAGUCACAAACGCCCUCUCCCCUCCAAUGAACUAACAACAACAGGCCCCAUGAUCUACAAGCCCCUCGAUUUCAAGCCCUCCUCAGCUUCCACCUCCACCCCUGGCGAACAAGGUACCACUACCGGUACCGGUACUCCGCGACACCGCAUGGCAACCUGCCCCAUAACCGGCGAGAAGCUGCUUGAUGCGGGUGCGACUUGGGAUUUUAUCCAGGAACAUGAGCUGUUUAAGCAGGGGCUGGUGGAUAUUGCGGAUGUGCAUGCGCAGUUGAAGAAGAUUACGCAGUGUAAUGGGCAGGGGCCGGCGUUUCCGGAAGGGGAGGUUAGGAGGGCUGUUGAGAGAUGUGCGGGGAGGGAUGCGCUAUAAUUUGCUGUUUAGCCCUUAUUGGUGUUUGAUGAUGUGACAUUUGGUUCUUUUUUUUGUUUGAUAUUCGGGCGCUUUGGGGUGGAGUUGAGAUCUAUCUAUUUCGGGUUAUGCUUGUUGGCAACUGAGGAGAUUACUG